AUGCGAGGCGCCCUGAGGCAUGCCGCUCGCUGCCGCUGCCUGAUUACCGGCCACGGGAGGAAGGCUGGCGCGUGCACGUCAUGGUCUUGUGACGAUGGCUGGUCUUGUGAGUCCCUGCUUUGUCAUCCGUGCGCCAGUGCUGUGUUCACGACCCUGGAGAAAAGGCCCAGGAUGGCGGCCGCCUUGGUGAAGGUUACGCUGGGCCUGGUGGUUGCGUGGGCGGCGGUGGUGGUGGUUGCCUCCCCCAUCGAGGCUGAACUACUCUCACCCUUCUUCAUGCCAGCCAUAACUGAUAUGGGCUGCGGGGAUGAUGUGGAGGAAGAUGAAUGUGAGGCUCGGGCUGAAGUGUGCUCUGGCAUUCUCCCUGAGCCUAACGCCGACCCUUCUAACUCAAGUGAACCCCUCACAGAAGAAUUCCAGGCCUGCCUUAUUGCCAACCGCCCCCCGCACCCCCCCGCACAACCCAUCCUUGCAUCUAUGUUGAACUUGCCUGCCAUCCCCCUGCCAAUGCCUGACAUGGUUCCUUUUCGCUUCUGUGCCCUCAACGUCAGUGGCCUGCUCAACCCAGACAUGACUGUCAACCACACUUCUGUUGGGAUGGUGCUUCAGAAUUAUCUGCCAUCGGAUGUCCCAGCAGAAGUGGUGGUGUCUGCAGUGUCUGUCUGUCCCAGCCCACUGGUGCACUCCCUCACAGCCUUCAUACACUGCCUGCACUCUGCCUGCCUGGUGCUCACCACUUCAGACAUAGACCCACCGAGUCCCACCCCAGUCCUUGUCUUGUCCCCUUACAUGGGUGCACCAUAGCUGUGGUGCUAAACCUUCCAAGAUGGUCCUGUCACUAGACUUUGUAUCACACAUGUAUCUGAUGAACUCUUGAUAAUUAUUUCAUCUAGUAUAUAAAGCUUUCAAAUAUUACUGAGAAUUAAGUUUGUGAAAAUAUGACGAGUCAAGCAAUUCCCAUGCACUGACCGCAGGAGUAAUGCUCCCCCAUUACACUAAUGAGCAUUUACAUUUUCCAAAUUGAUAUCUUUUACAGAUUGUAAAAUAGCAUUCCCCCAAAACUAUGUUUUCGUUGAAUAGCAGCUGGAGUUAAGAGAAGGUUGGUUAAGACAUAACUGGAGAUAUAUAAAUAUGGACUAAAGAAAUAUUUACAAGUAAAUACUAUAAGCAUAUAAACAAAUCCAGUGAUGUCUCUAAAGUUAAAAUAUCAGUACCAAAGGAUUAUAAAUUUCACUGAAAUGUCCAAAGGGUUUGGUGGGAAGUCUUAAGAAAUUCUUAAUAUAAAAGUACCUCAUACA